CACACAUCACACUUUGAACUACAUUUCCCGUGAUGCUCCAGCCGGCGCCCCGCCCAGGGCGGUAAGCAGCUCGCGCUCUGCCUCGCUCUGUCUGUAGGUGCGCCGCGCUCAGUAACUACACUUCCCGGCAGCCUCCGCGGCGGCCGCACGGAGCGCAUGCGCAGUGAGCUCGGCUGAUCCAAGUUUGGAGCUGUGGCCCAUCAUGUAGGUGCAGAGCCCGGGAGCAGAGGGAGAGAGCGGCAGCGGCCAGCCAGAGCGGCCUUCACCCAGCUUUAUUGGCAAGCAGCCUGGGAGCAGCACUUUGCAGCUUGUUCUCAGAGAGCCCCAGCAGGGGAGGCAGAGUCUGUGUGCACCUCCCCCACCCAAAGCAGAGGGGACAAUGUCUCAGUCCAGGGGAGGUAAGUCCUGCAACCUACCGGCCAUGCACACAGCCAGCCAUGCAUGCACACAGGCAGCCAUGCAUGCACACAGGCAGCCAUGCAUGCACACACACACACACACAGCCUGCCUGCCUGCCCACUGCACUCACAUUUCCUGUUUGCUUCCUCCUCUGCAGUUAAUGCAAGGCAGGGCUCCCAUGCAGAGUCUGUCAGUAACACUUUAUUUAAUGCAUGCAUCUCCUGCAUGGCUCACUGCAUGCUCAGCUUGCAGCCCUCUGUGCUGGGGCAAUGCAUUUAUAAUGCAGCAGUUUUGCAGUGUGCAUGCUCUAAAUCAAUAACUUCAUGCAUGCAGUGCUAGAGAGCAGCCAUUGCAUUAAAAGUGCAUGCUUUUUUUUUGCAGUUUGCAGUUGCUGAAGUCUUUGUGCAGGGCUGCAAGUUGCCCUUUGCAGAAUGUUUCCUGUAAAACAGGACUGAGCAUUGCCCAGAUAGGAUUACACUUUAUUUUAACCCCCUUGUUGCAGCCAGACUCACUGUUGAUGGACAGAAAGUGCAUGUUGUUUGCAGUUUGCGGAGGUCUCUUUGUGCAGGGCUGCAGUUUGCGGAGGUCUCUUUGUGCAGGGCUGCAGUGUGCGGAGGUCUCUUUGUGCAGGGCUGCAGUGUGCGGAGGUCUCUUUGUGCAGGGCUGCAGUGUGCGGAGGUCUCUUUGUGCAGGGCUGCAAGUUGCCCUUUGCAGAAUGUUUCCUGUAAAACAGGACUGAGCAUUGCCCAGAUAGGAUUACACUUUAUUUUAACCCCCUUGUUGCAGCCAGACUCACUGUUGAUGGACAGAAAGUGCAUGUUGUUUGCAGUUUGCAGAGGUCUCUUUGUGCAGGGCUGCAGUUUGCGGAGGUCUCUUUGUGCAGGGCUGCAGUGUGCGGAGGUCUCUUUGUGCAGGGCUGCAGUGUGCGGAGGUCUCUUUGUGCAGGGCUGCAGUGUGCGGAGGUCUCUUUGUGCAGGGCUGCAAGUUGCCCUUUGCAGAAUGUUUCCUGUAAAGCAGGACUGAGCAUUGCCCAGAUAGGAUUACACUUUAUUUUAACCCCUUGUUGCAGCCAGACGCGCUGUUAAAACUCUGGGUCAAACUCCCUCUUGCUGCAAUAUAAACGCAGUACUGCAUACGCACUGCUCUGCUCAGCCCAUUAAUGUGCUCUGCAUGAAAAAUCAUUUCUGUCGAUCUGUCCCUAAGGCCUUGUAAGUGGUGUGAGCCAAUGAUCUUAUUUCCUGCUUAAAAACUCAAUUCUUACUGGUUAUGGCUGGGAACAAGGGGUUAAAUGAGCGCGUAUGUUCUGUAACUUUAGACAAGUAUGUCACUGCUUCAGCUUUCCCUUAAUUCAAUGUAAUUUUUAUUUUAUUUUUUUUAUAUUUUGUUUCCCAGAAAAGCAUUUCCUUAUCGCAUACUCCUCUGAGGAAUGCCUGUCAGAAUAUGUAUAAGGCAUUAAUACACUUUUAUUCAGCAUUCUCAAGUAUUUGAUUUACAAAAUGAACUUCCAAGUAUGCGAGGGACAGUCCCAAAUCCUGCUCCGACUGUCCCUGUUUUCAGAUAUGUCCACACUCUCCUGUGGUAGAGGGGGUCGGUGCAGGCGGUGGGACUGUCCCUCCUGAUGCUGGGUACUUGGUAGGAAUGCACAAUAAUCGAGCAGAUUGUAAGGUAUUAAAACGUAGAGUAAGUCGGUUCCAUUGGUGAAUUUACCUGCAAUAAACAGGUAUUCCUGCUGAGAAAUGUCAUUUAUUUGUUUUUUAAUUGAAGCUUUAUUUAAUAUUUUUUUGCAGUCUGCUUAAAUGCGGCAUCAGACUGGAUUCGGACAUUUUAAAUUAUUAUUUAUUUAUUUAUUUAUUUAUUUUUUUGUGAUCAGUGGGUUUAGCUGAAAGCUGGUGCUUGGACAAUCAUAAUAUAAUACAUUUUAAGCCUUUAUGGUAAAAAAAUAUAAAAACACCAUUUCUAAACUGUUUUGAUAUAAAACUAAUUUAAUUGUAAUUUGCUUUACAUUUUCUGAUUUCGUAUGAUAGCCUGCAGUGACCUCAUGGUGCUUUGUAGUCCGUGUUGGAGCCAUAGAUCAUGCCAUAAAUGUUUGCAUGCGCAGGCACCCAGCUUCCUUCCCUGAGCCGGUGAGCAGUCUGUGGCUGCUUUGUAAAUCAUAAUAGGAAAAAGCAGGCGUGGUAGUCGGUGUGGACAGUGGAACAAUCGUGGCGUCACUCACUGAUCCCACCAAUAAAAAUAAAAUUGGUUCACGGUUACAUAAUUUGACCCUAAACGAAGACCGUAUAAACGAAUGCUAAGGGGGCGCCCCUAGGGAUAUUUCUGUGUACGAUUAGUUCAGCAACUCCUAUGGCCCUGAGCCAGUCCCUGCCUGGCAUCUGAUGGCUGUGAGUGAUGCGGUAGUGUGAGCAUGCGUUUCAUAUUAACUGGAUGGGGACUGGGUGUAAAGGUUUCUGGGAAUUGUACGAUUUUCCGUUUCCUUGUUUUAGUGGCGUGGAUGUUGCCCUCCAGCUGUUUAUAAACUACAUCUACCAUGAUCCAAUGCCAGCUCUGAUUCUGACACGCAGUAUCUGUGGGCAGCGGGUGUCUAGCUACAUAAAAUCAAUCUGAUUGGAGAUAACUUGUCAAAGAUGGGGAUUCUAAUUCAUUAUUGUAAAUUACUUCCAUCAGUGCGUCGGGAAUGGAUUUAAUUUGUAAAGUUUGUCUUAUUAUAACUUGUAUUAUGACUUUAUAAUAGACUCCUUUUUAGAUGGGAAAAAUAAAAAUAAAUGCGUGGUGUGUGUGUGUGUGUGUGUAUAUAUGUGUGUGUGUAUGUAUGUAUGUAUAUAUAUAUUGCAGAGCUUUACAACUAUGGAAUUGGGGAUAUUUGACAUACAAAGAUGAGGUGAAGAUGCAUCUAAUCUAACUUUAUAUUACAGGGCUUACAUUUUCAUCCUACGCUGCUAGCCAGGGCUUCAGUCAGUUGCCACUAGGAGCCUGAAAUAUCUUUCUUUUGUCGUGAAGUUAAAGAAGCAACAAUGAGUAUAAAUACAGUAAUAGGUGGAAUAGAGUUAGAAAGGUACGUAAGACAUCGGACCAUGCCAAGUUUGUUAUGGUGCCUGGAGUGUCCCUUUAACAUUCAGAGUGCUCCUUAUCCGGACACUCUGAAUUAAACGGUGAUCUUAUGGUAUCCUAAUGUUCAUCAGGAUGUCCACGCUUAAUUAACGGAAAGUGCUAGUAAUCUACUAUAAGGACAAUGCCUUCCAGUUAGAGGAGCUGGGGGGAGCGCUUCCGUGGCAUCGCAUGUUGUAAGGAAUCAGAUUGUUUUAGAACGACUUACCUGGGGUCUGACGGGCGCUGCUCCCCAGCUCCAUGACCAUAUCCAGAUAACCGGAAGGUCCAAAGUGGGACUUCUGUUAGCUCAAACCGUGGCUAAACCUUUCCGUGCGAUGCGAGGCCUAACUCGUUAGCUGAGAGCAAUCCGGUGACACGCGCUCUUCUUCCAUUGCCUUGAUGAGCUAUUGGACGUUCCAGGUCUCUGAAGAUGGAGGUGGAGGCAGACGACAACAGGUCAAGGCGUAGUCCUGACACCAUAACCACUACAGUGAUCUUUUGUAAGUAUGGUGCUUAGAGAGUAUUUUCACUUGUGGCACCCUACAAGGUAAAAAUCUGUUUGUGUGCAGGUAGCGCUAGGGGGGCAGAUAAAGUGGUAAACUCUUAAAUGGAUAUAAUAUAGCUGUUGCGGUCCCUGGGUAACCCGGCUGGUUACCGCCGCUAUUAAUAAAUGAUCAGACCCAUAUUCCCCCCUGUAACUGGACGACACACCGUUCCAGGGGUACAACAACUUUACUGGCCACACACGGCUUUAUACUUUCCCCAUGCAAGGGGGUUACAUAGUUACGUAGCUAAAAAGAGACUUGCGUCCAUCAAGUUCAGCCUUCCUCACAUGUGUUUUUGCUGUUGAUCCAAAAGAAGGCAAAAAAACCCAGUCUGAAGCACUUCCAAUUUUGCAACAAACUAGGAAAAAAUUCCUUAUCGAUCCCAAAAUAGCAGUCAGAUGUCUCCUUGGAUCAAGCAGCUAUUACCCCACUAAUUUGAAAUGAUAUCCCUGUAUGUUAUGUUUUUGCAAGUAUUUAUCCAAUUUCAGUUUAAACAUCUGUAUGGACUCUGAUAAAACCACCUCUUCAGGCAGAGAAUUCCAUAUCCUUAUUGCUCUUACUGUAAAAAAACCCUUUUCUUUGCCUUAGAUGAAAUCUCCUUUCUUCCAGCCUAAAUGUGUGACCUUGUGUCCUAUGUAUAGCCCUGUUUAUGAAUAGAUUUCCAGAUAAAGCUUUGUACUGGCCCCGAAUAUAUUUGUAUAAUGUUAUCAUAUCCCCUUUGAAGAGCCAUUUUUCCAAACUAAAGAGAUUUAAAUUUUUUUAACCUUUCUUCGUAACUAAAAUACCGUAUAUACUCGUAAGUCGAUCUCAUGUAUAAGUCGAGGGCAGUUUUGUGACCAACAAUUGUGAAAUAUGCUAUGUCUCGUGGAUAAGUCGUGGGUAAAACUUGGGGCUAUGAAAUUCUGUGAUUUUUAGAAUUAUAUACACACACACUCAUACAAACAGUCUGCAUUCUACACACACACUCACACAAACACACAUACUCUGCAUUAUAUACGCACACACUCUGUGUGUGUGUUUGCAUGAGUGUGUGUGUGUGUAGAAUGCAGAUUGUUUGUAUGAGUGUGUGCGUAUAUAAUGCAGUGUGUGUGUGUGUGUGUGUGUGUGAGUAAGUGAGAACUGGGUGGGAGGAGGGCGUUUUUAUUAAAAAAAUUUUUUUAUAUUUUAAGUUUUUUUUAUUUUAUUAUUUUAAGUUUAUUUAUUUUAAGUUUUUUGUGUUAAUAUUUUUAUUGUAUUUUUUAUUUAUUUAUUUAAUUUUCGUCCCCCCCUCCCUGCUUGUUAGCUUGCCAGGGAGGGGGACUCUCAUUCCGUGGUGGUCCAGUGUAUGGGCUGUGUAGGAGGGGGGGCUGACAGUGAGUGGUUACUUACCUUCCUGCAGCUCCUGUCAGCUCCCUUCUCCUCCGUUCAGCUCCCACUGUAAGGAUCGCGAGAGCUGCGGUGACCCCGUGGCUCUCGCGAGACUUACAGUGGGAGCUGACAGAGGAGCUGCACGGAGGAGAAGGGAGCUGACAGGAGCUGCAGGAAGGUAAGUAACCACUCACUGUCAGCCCCCAACAGGACCGCCGGGCUUGUAAUGAGCCCGGCGGUCCUGGUCUGUAUUGUGGCAAUGUAAAUUUCCAUAAUACAGACAUUAACUCGAGUAUAAGUCGAGUGGGGGUUUUUCAGCACAAAAAAUGUGCUGAAAAACUCGACUUAUACUCGAGUAUAUACGGUAAUCCAUUCCUUUUAUCAAUUUUGUAGCUUGUCUCUGCACUUUUUCUAGUGCCAUGAUAUCCUUCUUUAGAACAGGUGCCCAAAUUGCACAGCAUAUUCAAGGUGUGGUCUUACCAGCGAUUUAUAAAGAGGCAAAAUUAUAUUUUCAUCCCAAGAAUUUAUGCCCCUAUUUAUACAUGACAAAACCUUACUGGCCUUAGCAACUGCAGAUUGACAUUGCAUAUUGCUGCCUAAUUUGUUGUCUAUAACAAUUGCCAAAUCCUUCUCGUGUGUGUGGUUACCCCUAAUUUACUACCAUUUAGGGUGUAAAUUUCUUGUGUGUUCUUGACCACGAAGUGCAUAACUUUGCAUUUCUCUACAUUAAAUUUAAUCUGCCAUUUUAGUGCCCAGUCCCCCAAUCUAUCCAAGUCCCUCUGCAGCAAAGCAAUAUCCUGCUCACAUUUUAUUACUUUACAAAGUUUUGUGUCAUCCGCAAACAUUAAAACAUGGCUUUCAAUGCCUAUUUCAAGAUCAUUUAUAAAUAUGUUAAAUAGAAGCAGUCCCAAAACAGAACCCUGAGGGACACCACUUACCACUUUUGUCCAGCCUGAAAAUUUACCAUUAAUGACAACUUGUUGUACUCUAUCCUUAAAGGACCACUAUAGGCACCCAGACCACUUCAACUUAAUGAAGUGGUCUGGGUGCCAGGUCCAGCUAGGUUUAACCCUUUCUUCUAUAAACAUAGCAGUUUCAGAGAAACUGCUAUGUUUAUAAUAGGGUUAAUCCAGCCUCUAGUGGCUGUCUCAUUGACAGCCGCUAGAGGCGCUUCUCACUGUGAAAAUCACAGUGAGAAGACGCCAGCGUCCAUAGGAAAGCAGAGAAUGCUUUCCUAUGGAAUGGCUGAAUGCGCCCACGGCUCAUGCCGCGCAAGCGCAUUCAGCCAAUGACGAGGAGAGGAGGAGGAGGAGAGUCCCCUGUCCAGCGCUGAAAAAAGAGGUAAACUUAACCCCUUCCACCCCCUAGAGCCCGGUGGGUGGGGGCACUCUCAGGGCACUAUAGUGGUCCUUUAAGCCAAUAUUCUACCCAAGAACAAGAAUAUUCAUCUAGAACAAUCUCUUUUUUAGUUUGAAGACUAACCUAUUGUGAGGAACUGUAUCAAAUUCCUUGGCAAGAUCCAAGUUUAUCACAUCCACUGCAACACCCUGAUCUAUACUUCUACUUACUUUUUCGUAGAAUGCAAUUAGGUUAGUUUGACAUGACCUAUGUUUCAUAAAACCAUGCUGAUUAUUGCUAAUAACAAAGUUCUUCCCAAUGAAUUUUUGAAUAUUAUCCCUUAAUAGCCCUGCAAAUUUUUUCCUAGUCACAGAAGUUAAGCUGACAGCUCUAUAAUUUCCAAGCAAGGAUUCUGAACCCUUUUUGAAUAUAGGAACGACAUCUGCCUUCCUCCAAUCCUCUGGUACAAUACCUGAAACAAAAGAAUAUUGAAAAAUUAAAUACAGAGGUUCACUUUUUUCCCCACUUAGCUCCUUAAGUACUCGUGGGUGAAUACCAUCAGGCCACGGUGCUUUAUUUACAUUUUCUUUAAUUGCUGUAGCACUUGUCUCCAGUCAUCCAAUCACAAGUUAUCCCCAGUGUGCUUUGUAAACCCCCCUUCCUCACAAAAAAAACCCCAUUAUUUUACUUGACCUUUUCUAGUGCGCCUUGCCUCUCUCUGCGCUGCCAUCUGCUAUUCCUUGUGUCAUCCAAGAAACAGCUUUUUAAAACGGUAAGCUUUCCCAUACUAGUUCUGUCAUUACUUGUCUCUGUUCCAGUUCCAAUUUGACCGCGUUAGCUUUGCAUGCUCAUUGGAUAAUCAUGUUCUGUCAGUGCUAUCAAUGGCUUAGUAGUGUACAUACACUGGAGUCAGGGGGCAUAGCUAAAGAGGCUGGCUUAUGUUUCAGCAUUCUCCAAAACAUGUACUAAUGCAAAAGCUAUAUAAAGAUUUGAGCUUGUAAAACAAUACAGCAUAUUACUAUUCAAUGCACUUUAAAUGUGUAGCGGAGAGCUGGUGUUUCACAGGUUAACUCCACUAAAGAUCCCAGUGAGGCUCAGGAACAAGUAAUAAAAUACCAUAGAAUUAAUAAUCACAGUAAGCAAGGUAAUCCACGAAUAUCCCCAUACAGAUCCCAAUGACUGGACGACAAACUGCACCAGGAGCAGAACUGAACUUUUAAUCACACAACCUUCUUUUAAAGAUUUCUCCCAUGCAAGGGAGGGAUUCACAUUAAUCAGUACAGUAUCCAAUAGUGUGACUGUUACCUCCCACACAUCUCCUCCCCUCAGUGUGACACAUAAUCCACUUAUCCAUACUGCAGUUUUACCCGAUUUCUGGAUGUACCCCAAAACAGUCAGCUAGAAUUAUAUACUGGGUACUCCCUGGUAGCCCUGAUCUGGGUGACUAACAUAUUCAAAAUUCACCCAGAUCGGACCAGGGAUUCGGGAGUUAGAUGGAAGGUGAAAUUUGACCGACCGCACACGAGGUGGUAUCCGAAAAGGGCUCCAUGUGUUUUGGCCUUGUGGUCGGUCUCUGUUCGGGAGUUAAAAUACAUACAAAUACUUGCCAUCCAUGGUUACUCUUACGUUCGUAUUAAUUAAUGUUCGAGACAUUGAUUUCACCGAACGAGGGGCUGGUUGUCCCCUCUGUUCAGGAGUUACGGAGCUCUGGAGGUCUCAGCGGUGUUCGGUUGCUUGAGUGUCCGAUUUUGAGUUCCAGACACUCGACGACCAAACACUGCUGAGAUUUUCUUGCGUAAGAUGGCCGCCGCCACGUGGUUUGUAUGCCGAACGGCGACCACACAGAUACAUACAAAGUAGCGAUUUCACAGUCAAUUAGGUUGCAGUUACAGAGUGUGAAAGCUUAAUGAGGUGCACACUUCUCACUGGGGUGGUCUGAUGGUUCGGUAGUUUCAGUCGUAUGAAAAACGGAAUGAAAACUACCGAGCAAUCAGACGAAAACUAUAUAUAAUCUACACAUAGCAAUAAUUACACGAAAUACAUUUGAAACACGAAUCCUUGAGGACAGCCCUUGCCCACAAGCCGGCAUGCACAGAUCGGCUUGGGGAUGUCCGGGGAUGCUCACGGAUAAUUUUUUCAAAGUCUGUUUAUCUAGACAACCCGUCAGCGUUUCCAUUUUGUUUUCCCGGGCGGUACUGAAUGUUAAAGUCAAAGGGCUGCAGCGCCAAACUCCAGCGCAGCAGCCUGGCAUUGUCCCCAGCCACCCGGUUCAGCCAUACUAACGGGUUGGGAUCCGUGAGCAACGAAAAGGGCUGUCCAUACAAAUACGGUUGCAUCUUCUUUAGGACCCACACCACAGCCAGGCAUUCCUUUUCGAUGGGUAACAACUUGCGACUGAUGUACGCCACGGGAUGUUCUCCGCCAUCGGCCCCGACUUGGCUCAGUACUGCCCCCAAUCCAAACAUAGAAGCGUCUGUGUGGACAAGAAAACGUUUAGUUGGAUUGGGAGCGGCCAAGAUGGGCAUUUACAAGGGCAUUUUUCAAGUGUUGGAAUGCCUGCUCACACUGCGGGGUCCAGGUUACUUGGCGGGGAAGAUUCUUACAGGUCAGUAAGGGGCUUGGCCAGGGUGCUAUAAUUGGGCACAAACUUUCUAUAGUACCCUGCCAUUCCUAGAAAUGCUAAUACCAGAGUCUUGGUUGGGGUGGGCCAUUGGGCUACGGCCUCUACUUUAGCAGGCUCUGGCUUUUGCUUCCCACAACCUACUUGGUACCCAAGGUACUGUACCUCGGCCAUCCCUAUACUACAUUUAGCAGGUUUCAACGUCAAGCCUGAUUCUGUCCAGGACCGCUCCUAUAUGGGCCAAGUGCUCCUGCCAGGUACUGCUGAAUAUGGCAAUAUCAUCUAGAUAUGCGCAGGUAAAGUCUUGGAACCCGUCUAGAAGUCGGUCCACCAUCCGCUGAAAGAUAGCCGGAGCAUUUUUCAUCCCAAACGGCAUGACCUUAAAUUGGUACAGGCCGAAUGGGGUGGCGCCCGGGGCCAAUGGGAUCUGCCAAAACCCCUUACACAGAUCAAUAGUAGUGAAGUAUUGGCCUCUGGCCAUCCGGUCUAGCAGUUCGUCUAUCCUGGGCAUAGGAUAGGCGUCGGACACUGUCUUCUCGUUUAACCUCUGGUAGUCUACGGAGUCGUACCGUCCCGCUUAGGUACGAGGACUAGUGGGGAGGCCCAGGGGCUGUCAGGUGACUCAGUCACCCCCAGUUGGAGCAUCUCGUCGAUAUCCUUGCAGAUGUUCUCCCACACCGCUUCAGGAAUGCGAUAGGGAGUUUGGUGCAUGGGUAGUUGCCCUGGGGUUUCUACUCGGUGAGUGUACUCAGGCACAUUAGAGAAGGUGUCUUGCUUCUCCUGUAGUAGCUGCUGCUCCUGUGGGUUAACCGGUCUCCCAGUGCAAGUGGUGUGCCAGAUCUGGGAGGGGAAGGCUGUCAAACUCGUCAGAGUUGGGCGCACAUAUAGCGGUCACCUCCUCUGUGCGUUCCUGGUAAGGUUUCAUCAUGUUCACAUGGAUCAUGCGUCGCCCUCCAGUUCCUGCACAGGGGCCAAUUAUAUAAGUGGUGUCACAUCUCCUGUUCCACCACUCUAUAAGGGCCCUGCCAGGCAGCCUGUAGCUUAUCAUGUUGGACAGGUUUUAAAACUAAAACUUUCUGCCCAACCUGGAAGCUACGGUCCCUGGCGCCCAGAUCAUGCCAUGUGUGCUGGCGAGUCUGAGCCGCCUGAAUGUUUUCCAAUACCGUCCUAGUUAGCGCUUCUCGGAAGGCCAAUACAUAUGGUAUGAUGCGGGUGCUGUCUGCGCUCCGGUCUCCCUCCCAAUGUUCUCUAAUAAGGUCUACGGGCCCUCUUACUCUCCUCCCAAAUAAUAAUUCGAUUGGGGAAAACCCGGUCGAUUCCCGGUGAGAGAAGAGGUGGGGCAGGAAUCGCUCACAGUCCCUGUGGGUCUCGGCGAAGGUUCGGAGUAUUUGUUUCAAUAUACCAUUGAACCGUUCGCAGAGUCCAUUGUUCUGGGGAUGGUAAGGGGCACUGAUGAUCGGCUUAAUGUCACAGAUCUUCCAGAGGUGCUGGGUGACCUCUGUGGUGAAUUGAGUACCCUGAUCCGAGAUGAUGUCCCUGGGUAACCCCAUCCGGGAGAAAAUCUGCAUGAGGGCCUCGGUCACCGUUUCAGCGUGGAUAUUGGUCAGGGCCACCGCCUCUGGAUAUCUAGUGGCAUAGUCUACUACAGUUAAAAUAUAUUUCUUGCCAGAAGGACUAGGUUUCCGAAGAGGGCCUAUUAAAUCUACUGCUAUUCUACUAAAAGGUUCUUCAAUUAUGGGUAGCGGGUGCAGUUUUGCCUUCCGCCAGCCGCCCCUUUUCCCUCCCCUCUGGCACGUAUCGCAAUUACUGCAAUACUUGCGGACUUCCUGGCUGAUUCCUGGCCAAAAUAAACUUUGGGUCAGUCUGUACCGCCCAUUGACAUCCUCUACAAAAUGCUCUAAUUUUUGGUUGUACCUGUGGAAUUUACUAGAGCAAAGUCUUUAAAUAUACAGUCUGCAUUCACUAGCAGUGCCAUAUUAUACUUUGAGAUGGUGAAACAACAAAGCUCAUCCAUUUUGUAAAAUAUUUAUAUCUGAGAUUGGUUGCGAUAAAAGGAUUAUCUCCAUCUAGGUAUAAUGUCCCUUUUAUUGCUACAGUGUUUCAAAUGCUUUCAUUUGAGGUUUUCUAAGGUUAGUCCUAAAAUGAAUAUUAACUUUUUAUAUUCUGUGCUGAUUUGGUGGCUAAUUUACAUUGUGAGUAACGUGGACGGAGCCGACGAGAUUAGUUACUUGCUCUUCUAUAUUGUAACCCGGCGUGGAAUAUGUUGGGGCUGUUAUAUGCUAAUUAGAUAUGUCACAGCUCCCCAUUCCCUCACCCAGGUAAAUGCUACUGAAUGGCUUACUGGGGAGAGACAUGCACCACAUUUUUUUAAUCAACACUCUGUUACGAAUACUAACAUGGAUUCCUAGCGCUAGACCCACCUUAACAAAUAAGUUUAUUUUUUUCUUGCCUUUAGUCUCCUGGCGUGCCAGUCGCACCAUAGCUGCUCCUUCUCCCUUGCCCUGUGUUACAGAUGGUCUCCGCCAAUCCAGUGAUUCCCUGUUGGGAAGGGUUUAGGGACUGUUCGCAUCGCACUGCGCCAAUCCACAUCUCCUCAUACAGAUACAUUAGAUCAUUUACCACGUGAUGACUCGAACACCGACCCUACAAAGAUUGGAAGACUGGAAAAGGCCUAUUGUAAACACUGAAUAUUCUCUGAAAAGGCAGUGCUUGUAAUUGUCGGCCUGCAGGGAAAGAGGGAAAGGCUACUUGCACCAUAACCACUACAUUAAACUGUCCGCUGUAGUUCUCCCAAGUGAAGCCGUGAUUAAAACUCUGAGGUACCAAAACAUCCGCCUAGACUUAAUGAAGGGUUGAAGAAGACUGGUUUAUUAUGGACAGUUUUUAUAGAUAUACCCCCAGCAGUAGAAAACCACUUUCACAACAUGCCCAGGAGACUUUAGUGUACUUUGCUUUAAUAAACUAAUUAUCUUCCAGGCACUAGAGUUACAAAAUAUAAAGCAUAAAAUAUUAAAAAUACAUGUAACACAUAUAAGAAUGCCCACAAAUAUUAUUAUAUCCCUGGAUAGCCUAGAUCUGAGCACAAGUUUUCCAAAUAGCGCUCAGAUCCCACGAACACUGCCGAGUCACCACAGGGGUUACGUUUUUUGACCGACUCCACAAGUGGCGUCUGCCCAAAUUAGUUCCAGAGAAGUGGUAGCGGUCAGUCAUUUUCGGGAGUUCCAUACGAACAAACUGUCGAACGGUCCCCUUGCUCAUAGGUAGUGAUUGUUCACCUUGUUUGUGCAAACAACCCUACCCAACAGCGCUCUCCUGUCUUGUUGGGAAAAGAAGCAGGCGCAUGAAUGAAAUCAAAGGUGUUCACGAGGUCGAGUGUCCGACUUAUAGUUCCAGACACAGACUUGUGCGACAAGAUGGCUUCCCUGUUCCAGCGCAUAUGUUGUUCGGUUAUACGAAUGGCCGUCACACAGAGAGCGCACUUGAAUUUGUGUUUUUUUGGUGUUCAGUAGUUCCCGUACGGGCGGAAAUGUGAAGGGGGUUCGGGAACAUAAUAUACAAAAACUUGGCAGGGAAAUGUCUUAAACACGGCCAGCUUCCGCACUCCUCCAGGAGUUCGUGGCUAACGUCCAGGGUAAGGAGUGUUUGUCCCAACUUCUACAUUUUUAGAUAUUCCAACCCCCAGGUAAUAGUAAAAGAAACAUUAAAGGAACAAUAUAGUGUUAGGAAUAUAAAACAGUAUUUCUAAUGCUAUAGUAUGCCCCUGUACUAACUUAUUUGGUUUCUCCCUCUGCGAGCACCAAAAUGUUUAACAAUGUAUUUUUUUUUUUUCCUAUCCCUUAAUUCUGGUGCUGGAUCAAUUUCCACAUUACGCUGAUGGACCUAAAGCGCAUGCACGGUGGGCGCCACACAUAUUAGAACUUGGAUUAAAUCCAUGCUUUCCUGUGUGGAUUGUGAAGAUGCUGGACGUCCUCAUGCCGGGUGAGAGGCCAGGAAGUGCCUUUAGUGGCCGUCUGGAAGACAGGCACUAAAUGUGGUCACUACACCCAGAUCAAUUACUGAUCUCCGUCAAUCUAAUGCUGGGGGACCGGCUGCCACUAGAGCUGUUUUUAGGGAUGAAAUUAAACUCUGACUUUUCUCUGUUUUGUCUGAGGCUACAGGGACAGUGUCUGUACAUUAACCUGUAAUAAUUCUGGUUUGCAGAGUGUCCCUUUAAACAAAUGUACAUGGUAUGAGUUUGGUGUGCCAGGAUAACCAGACUCCGUGUAAAUAAAAUAAAUGUGCAGGAUGUUAAAACCAUAGGUUGGUUGAUAGCACGUGCUAUCAGGUUGUGUGAUCAAUGAAUGGUUGUGGCUCUUGUCGAUUGAUUUGAGAGCGGCUGAGCCAGUCCCGGCUCUGGAUUAGAGUAAUAUAGAGGCUUUAAAGGAUGUGACUAAAACCUGAACGUCAAUGACUCACACUUGCCUCUCUCUCUCCUCGUCCCAUUUAUCCGGAAGACAAUCUACGGAGAUUUGAGGUGUGGACGGCAAACUUGCGUGACCUGGUUCCUGUAUUACUGAACUGAAUGCACAGCUUUAUUAAAGGGACACACACUGAAAAUAAAAUGUAAUCAACGCGUGGGUUAGAGAGGAAUGUUUCCCAGCUGCAAAGCCAAUUCAUUCAGUGGAUGAAAGAAUCUUUUUGCGAGGCUGUGUGCAGAAACUUGCCUGAUACAGGAAUGUGCGGGCCGUAUCCUGCUUUACUGCGUAUGUGAUGAAUAUUGUUAUAUGUGUGAAAAGGGAAUAAUAUAUCCAGUUUCUCAUCUCUGUAUAUUACCACAUUAUUGCAGAUAUAUAUAUCUUCGUAUCCCCACUUAUUAUAUAUUAUAUCCCCGUUUAUUAUAUAUUAGAUCCUCCCAGCCUCGCUUAUUAUAUAUUAUAUCCUCCCAGCCCCGCUUAUUAUAUAUUAUAUCCUCCCAGCCCCGCUUAUUAUAUAUUAGAUCCUCCCAGCCCCGCUUAUUAUAUAUUAUAUCCUCCCAGCCCCGCUUAUUAUAUAUUAUAUCCUCCCAGCCCCGCUUAUUAUAUAUUAGAUCCUCCCAGCCUCGCUUAUUAUAUAUUAUAUCCUCCCAGCCCCGCUUAUUAUAUAUUAUAUCCUCCCAGCCCCGCUUAUUAUAUAUUAUAUCCUCCCAGCCCCGCUUAUUAUAUAUUAGAUCCUCCCAGCCUCGCUUAUUAUAUAUUAUAUCCUCCCAGCCCCGCUUAUUAUAUAUUAUAUCCUCCCAGCCCCGCUUAUUAUAUAUUAUAUCCUCCCAGCCCCGCUUAUUAUAUAUUAUAUCCUCCCAGCCUCGCUUAUUAUAUAUUAUAUCCUCCCAGCCCCGCUUAUUAUAUAUUAUAUCCUCCCAGCCCCGCUUAUUAUAUAUUAUAUCCCCGUUUAUUAUAUAUUAGAUCCUCCCAGCCCCGCUUAUUAUAUAUUAUAUCCUCCCAGCCUCGCUUAUUAUAUAUUAUAUCCUCCCAGCCCCGCUUAUUAUAUAUUAUAUCCUCCCAGCCCCGCUUAUUAUAUAUUAUAUCCUCCCAGCCCCGCUUAUUAUAUAGUAUAGCCUCCCAGCCCCGCUUAUUAUAUAGUAUAGCCUCCCAGCCCCGCUUAUUAUAUAUUCUAGCCUCCCAGCCCCGCUUAUUAUAUAUUCUAGCCUCCCAGCCCCGCUUAUUAUAUAUUCUAGCCUCCCAUUCCCGGCUUAUUAUAUAUUCUAGCCUCCCAUUCCCGGCUUAUUAUAUAUUCUAGCCUCCCAUUCCCGGCUUAUUAUAUAUAGCCUCCCAUUCCCGGCUAGCCUCCCAUUCCCGGCUUAUUAUAUAUUCUAGCCUCCCAUUCCCGGCUUAUUAUAUAUUCUAGCCUCCCAUUCCCGGCUUAUUAUAUAUUCUAGCCUCCCAUUCCCGGCUUAUUAUGGGUUAGCCUCCCAUUCCCGGCUUAUUAUGGGUUAGCCUCCCAUUCCCGGCUUAUUAUGGGUUAGCCUCCCAUUCCCGGCUUAUUAUGGGUUAGCCUCCCAUUCCCGGCUUAUUAUGGGUUAGCCUCCCAUUCCCGGCUUAUUAUAUAUUAUAUCCUCCCAUUCCCGGCUUAUUAUAUCUUAUAUCCUCCCAUUCCCGGCUUAUUAUAUAUUUGAUUAUAUAUUCUCAUCCCUCCAUGGUUUAUGUUUAAGACCCAAGGCCACUUUUUCUGUGUAGACUUGCUAACGUGGUUGGUCCUUUUUCGUGACCAUUGUGUUUAUCUUUUGGAAUAACCUCUCCCAUGAUGCUCAGCCAGACAUUCAUGUUGUCUUGUAUUUUGGGUGUUUUCAUUUCGAGAGCUGGGAGACCUUAGUCAUAGGUCUUUUAUAACCGCGUAUGACGGUGAGUCGUGUUCAUGUGGCUUGCUCUGGCUGCGCCUCCAUCUAUGCUCUUACCAAACUGCGUAGACUUUGUGUCUUUUCCAUGAAUUGGUGCAUUUUUGGAAAGGAUACAAUGCGGAAAUAGACUCUUAAAGGGACAUCGCAAGCAUUUUAAUCUGUACAGUAAUGAAUAAAUGGCGUUUCACACAUAAUCCCUCUAUGAAUUAGGGAGACCGUACGGGCUGUCCUCCAAUCCACUGGCGAUUAAAUUUAUUGGAGUGUAACGUAAAAUAUUUUACCAAGUCAAACGCUUUUCUAUUCGAGUACUGGAAUACCUUUACAUACUGUGUUCUGGAACAUGGUUUAUUUUCCGGUCUCUGCAAAAAACGUUACCCUACCAACAUUCGAAAUAACUGAAACUUGCUUUGACGAUGGUCUCUAACGUGAAUUACAGGAAGCCUCUGCCCUCCACUUUAUUUAAACAUUCAUAAGCAUUAAAGGGACAUUAAAAUCACCCGGCCACUUCAUCUUCAUUUUUAGUGAAAUUCCAGUCAAUGUGAGCAUUUAAUAAAGAUUGUAUUUUUACGAAAUACUCCUUGUGGUGGGGGUGACAGAACCGCUUUAUGACCAUUAGAUGUCUUUCGGAAGUCACCCUUACUUUUAAAAUAGAGGAAAAUUAGGAACAAAAAUAACUGGUGUAGAAACAUUCUUGAAGUCUGCUAUUUAAAAAAAAAAUAUAUAUAUAUCUUUAGAUAUCGGCCUUCCGGUAACCGUCCCCAGCCACCAACAUAGGACACUUUAAAGGGUCUGUCACCCGAAUCUCAGACUGAUUGUGUUGGGAUUUCACUGAAUUCCAACUUCUUCAAAAGUUUUCUAGGGACUACUUUGUCUCAUUAUUUUCCUCUGCUCUACCUUUUUAUUAAGUGUAUAAUUUCCCCCAGCCUUUACCCCGUGGUCUCCUCCAUACCCCUCAAUGUUGUACUGUCAUGCAUGCGCGAGAAUACAGUGCUGGCAGCUGCCGCAGGUUCAGGUAAGUAGAUCUCACCUUUCCCUGCCCCCACCUCCACUGGAACUCCAGCGGCAAUGCCACCGUAGGGGGUCUUUGUAAAUUAUGCGAAGACCCCAGACGGUGACAGAGCUGAUUUAAUUGUUCUAUUUAGUGGGGGGGGGGUGUUUCCCUCUUUUUUUCAUUCUAUUGUUUCAUAUUAACAAAAGAGAGACAAACCAGCAUCUGACCUAAAGGUCAGUCUCUCGCCAGAGGGCGUUUAAUGGCACCUUCUGUGCCUGGGGAAAUAUCCACUUAAUUCCUUAUUUCUUCUCCUUUACAACAAUACACCAUUUGGAAUCCACUUUCCAGAUUAAAUUGCUGGUAGUGAAUGCAUCAAUCAUUAGUUGUGCCUUUAAUGAGACCAUAGCUAAACGGAUCGAGAUAAUGUACUUGUGAUAAUAAUAGGACUUGUGAAAUUGUUUUGUGGGUUUAAGUGACUAUUUCAUGUGAGUCCUGGCUAACGGGAUAAAAUCAAGAUUUACUGUGUGUGUGUGUGUGUGUGUGUGUGUAUAUAUUUAUUUUUUUUUGUCUUUUUUGUUUUUUAGGACGGAAGAGAAAUCCUAACUUGAAAAUUUCAAAGGAAGUCUUUGAACCGCAAGCCACUUCACCAACGUAAGCCCACGUUUAGCAAUAUACCGAUUUUACAUUUUAUUUCUAAUUUUAGAUUAUUCCCUCUAAUUAUUUUUAUGGAUAUUUUGUAAGAAGUCCUCAUACUGCAUUGUUCAAUCAGGUUAUUCAAUAAACUCCCUGUUCCAAACUAAAGUGCAGGUGGCAAGAUGUUAGCGAUAAUCGAAACCUGGAAAGCUCUCCAGUACGGUAUUUUAUCCUGAAAGCAUCUCUCAGCCCACCUCCCGCCCCCCAAUCAAAACAACAAAAAGAACCGUUUUCAUAAAUGUGAAACGAUCAUAAAGAGAAAGUGUUGGAAUUUCACCAAAUCAAGAAAAAGGUGACCGAACAGCCUUAAAGGGUUACUCCUUUAUAGUUGAAGGAAAACGUUAGAGUUGGGAAUACAAAGCUGUAUUCCUAACACUAAAGGGUCCCUUUACUCCUGCCUCUAUAACGGCCCCCCAGUGGCAAGUAAAGGGUAAAAACAACUUUAAACACGUACCUGAUUCCAACGCCGAAAUCCCUCUGCACUGAGCUCGACUCCUUAACUGACGUCAGCCAAAGAGGGGGGCACUUACGCACCUGUGCGGCAAGCAUGGCAGGUGUCUGGCCACACAGGUGCGUAAGUGCCCCCCACUUUGGCUGACUCAUUGAGUAUUGACUCAUUGCUUUUCUGUGGGGUUUUAGAAGAUGCUUGACGUCCUCGUGCAAAGCAUCAAACUUCAUGAAAGGCCUCUACUGGCUACCUUAACCCUGCAAUGAAACUGCAUUAUUUUACAUUGUAGGGCUAAGGUAACCGGGAUACUGCACCCAGACUACGUCACUGAGCCUGUAGUGUCUCCUUUAAAUUAACCCUUUCUGCGGUGGUCUGUCAUUUGCUUUUUGUUACAUCGCAGAGUUCAAUUUCUUCCAACAACCCGAUCCUCAUUGCUGAACGUCACUACCCCUCGCUGGAGGAGGAAGGAGCACAGGAGUGCGCAUGGAGGAGACUGUGCUGCUAUUGGUUGCAUGGUGCCAGAAACCAAAUCUGCCCCGAGUUCACAUGAACUACUCAGAGAUCUGGUUCCAGACCGGCUAAUGAAGCCCCAAUGCACCAUCGACAGCUAAGGGGUUAACCUAUAGUAAAUCCCUGAAUUCACAUCCAGACACCAUGACCACUUCAAAUCACUGAAAGAGUCAUGGAGCUUGGGGUAUUCCUUUCGUUUUAUUUCAAACUUUAGUUUGUUAUAAUUUGAAGUUGAGAAUAAAUCCUAUUGUUUUCUAUGACUUUAAGUAUUCAAUAUAAAAAAAUGCAACAAUUGGUGAAUUAGAGACACAUAUCUAAAACUGGGAAUAAGUUCUAGUUUAAUGCUAUUACCCAAACCUUAAACGUUAAUUGCCACUGCAAGUCAAAGCGUGCCCAUCACUCGCUACUGGCCACUGCUUUGUCGUCGAGCAGUGAUCGAGUCAUGGCAUCCAACUCUCAGCAUUCUAUGUAUGCUGUAACCAGAGAGUCAUGGGAGUUUGAAACGCCUGCCUUAGGGUCCUUUUAUUACUAUACUACGAACAUCGUAACAGCAAGCUGUGAACUGCGCAAUGCCACCCCAUUGUUUUCCUGUCUGUGACUGAUAGGAGUCUGCACAUUGCUGGUCCUUCCACUGACGCUCUGAACGCAAGGGAUUAUGGGAGGUGGUCUGCUUCUUUUUUUCAGGGAUUGUAAUCAGAUUGAAUAAAAGGUUGAGUCACAGAACGGCCUUUUUUGCUUUCAUCGUGCUGUGUUGCUGUUAUUGAUGUUUCCUGUCUAUAGGCGAUGGACGUAGGAUUAGUAAAGGUGCCACUGGGUUUACAUCACAGCAAAGUCCCAGCUGCCGCAUUCCCCAAAUUCCUGCAGCCUGCAUAAUUACUGUGCAAAGAAUCAGUCUCCAUCUACUGUCCCCUGGUGGCUGAAGUGCAGCUUGCACCCUUCACAUGCUCUCACACAGCAGGAGAGCACCUUGUAUCACUCCAUAGACCAGAGCGAACCCUUCACACAGCAGGAGAGCACCUUGUAUCACCCCAUAGACCAGAGCGAACCCUUCACACAGCAGGAGAGCACCUUGUAUCACUCCAUAGACCAGAGCAAACCCUUCACAAAGCAGGAGAGCACCUUGUAUCACCACAUAGACCAGAGCGCACCCUUCACACAGCAGGAGAGCACCUUGUAUCACCCCAUAGGCCAAAGCGCACCCUUCACACAGCAGGAGAGCACCUUGUAUCAACCCAUAGACCAGAGCGAACCCUUCACACAGCAGGAGAGCACCUUGUAUCACCACAUAGACCAGAGCGCACCCUUCACACAGCAGGAGAGCACCUUGUAUCACCACAUAGACCAGAGCGCACCCUUCACACAGCAGGAGAGCACCUUGUAUCACCACAUAGACCAGAGCGAACCCUUCACACAGCAGGAGAGCACCUUGUAUCACCACAUAGACCAGAGCGAACCCUUCACACAGCAGGAGAGCACCUUGUAUCACCACAUAGACCAGAGUGCACACUUCACAAAGCAGGAGAGUGCUUUGUAUCGUCCCAUAUACCAGAGCGCACCCUUCACACAGCAGGAGAGCACCUUGUAUCACCCCAUAGGCCAGAGCGCACCCUUCACACAGCAGGAGAGCACCUUGUAUCACCCCAUAGGCCAGAGCGCACCCUUCACACAGCAGGAGAGCACCUUGUAUCACCCCAUAGGCCAGAGCGCACCCUUCACACAGCAGGAGAACACCUUGUAUCUUGACGGGUGUAUAACACUCCACCACAGCCCUAAUGAUUCCUACAGUCUCUCCCUCCCUGAAAGUUUCUCUGCCCUCGAGAUCCAACACCCUGUCACUAUCAAUGGUUUAUUUAAGGCUCUCCCAGCUCAUUCCUUCUCCCAUUGAUUGGCAGCUCAUUGACAUCCCAAUCACUUUUAUAAAGGAAUGCAUUAAAUCUAAAUCAGCAAAUAUUCUGAGGAGGUUUAAAAAUUUUUUUUUUUUUAAAGACUGAUAGUAAAGUAACUGUAGUCAGAAAAUCCCACUAGUGUUAAACAAAAAUAAAGAAAAAUCUCGGUUUUUGCCUCAUCUACUGUUGGACUGAUCUGUAUAUAUAGGAUUGCAGCGCCCCCUGGUGUACAGCUAGCCGCAUGUCACUGACAGGCUGGAGUCGGCGUUUUAUUGGUUUUCAUGGUGUCUGUUACAUUUACCCUUCAAACAAACCAAAACGGGGCGCAAGAAAAUACAGCUCAAAUUCUCAAACAGAUUGUCCUGUGGUGGGUCCCUGCAGGAUCUGGACUGCCCUGUAACUGGGAUCCAUUUUGAAUGUUUAGCCAAACCAACAUGGGAGCAAGCCCCGAGCAGGGACUAACCAAAGGUUAUUCUAACUGCGAUCUAAAUGGCCAAUGGGACACCACGUAGCUCCGUAUAGGAGUGAUAAUCAGUUAAACGUAUAGACAAACACACACAAAACCUGCACUCUGGCUUUAAAUCUUCAAAUUCACCUAGUGCCAGAUCAGACUAAAUUCUUAAUGAAACUUUUAUUCCAAUAUUGUCAAAUACAUCAACGUUCCCGUUCACAACUGUAACUUUUAUCAGGGCAGUGAGGUCCGGGUAUGCAUGCGUGUGUUUACAUUGGUGUCAUUUUUAUUAUAAUUGUUUUGUAACUCUUCCGCUGUCUCGGUUUGUUGAAGGUUUCUUUGUAAAUAGAAGCUUAUCAGACAUUUCAAUUCUUCCUUAAAUCAGGACACGCUGUCAUCUGAUCCCUAAUGGUUAACUCUGAAGAUGUUAUUUAGGAUGAUUCUCCCCCCAAACAGAUAAAACCAGCCCUGCUCGUUAAAGAGUUGGGAGAGAACAGAAGACGAGUUUGUUCAGCUUAUUUUAACAAAUAAUGUGUUUAAGGUGCAACAAUAUCAAGUCCUGUUAUUGUAUCUAAUCAGAUGAGAUAAAAUAAAUAAAACAACGGUUUUGAAAUCUGUUUUUUCAUGACGGGACAAUGGAUGCUAUUUACUAUUAUGUGAGAUACAAGCAAUCUUGUCCCUCCCUCCGAUCGCAGGUUUAUGGUAGAAACAGGUAGAAACAAAUCGUAAUUGGAGGCUGCGGACUGAGCAUCUCUGCUAAACUUUGUACGUUCAAUGGGAGCGAUUUCUUCACUAAAAUCACUACACGAGGAUGAAGUGGUUUUGGUGUCUAAACCCGGCAAAAAGAUGCCAAUUAGGAGCAGUGACCUCGUGUGCGCAGCUUCACAAUGCAGGUGGCGUUAACAUGCAGAACGCUGCACAUAAUUUAUUCUGUAAAAAAUGAGUUUUAGGACAAAGCUGUAAAAGCAUUCAUUGUGUUGUUGCCUGGACUGUCCAGUUACGCUGGCUGGUGGAGGUGUUGGUGCCAGUGUAGAACUGCACUGUGGUGCGUUUCGUAGGUUAGGAAAUUCUCCGGAUAAGCAGAUUGAGGGAUUGUAUUGUGAAACAAGCGUUCUUUCUGCAGUCUGAUUAUUUUUUUUUUUUUUUUUUACUUGUUCCCACAGACCACCACGAGAUCUUGACUCCAAGGCGUGCAUUCUUAUUGGAGAAAAGGUACAUUCUGGCGUGUGCUGCUAUUUGCUGGGGUCAGGCUUGGUUAGGUUAAUGAAUGUUUUUUUUUUAAUGUAUCUAUCCUUUUUUUAGUUUAUUUGUGUGAGUAAGACAAAAAAUGAACACUACUCAAAACCACCAUGUUGUGGGGUAAAUGUUAGCAAGCAGAGUGUUGUUGUGCAAUGAGGUGUGGAGGGGAGGGUCUGGGAGGGCUGGUGGCUCUGAGGGGAGUGGGGGGAGACGUGGGAGGGCUGGUGGCUCUGAGGGGAGUGGGGGGGGACGUGGGAGGGCGGGUGGCUCUGAGGGGAGUGGGGGGAGACGUGGGAGGGCUGGUGGCUCUGAGGGGAGCGGGGGAGACAUGGGAGGGCUGGUGCCUCUGAGGGGUCUGGGCUGGGAGGAAUGGGGCAGGGGAUGGGAGAGCUGGUGGGGGGGGGGGGUUAAGGGCAAAAAAGGAAACUUUGGCAUCUGGGGCCGAUUAACCACUUCCUUCAUUCUUCCUUAGAACUUUGAGGUGAAGGCAGAUGACUUGGAGCCUAUAGAGGAACUUGGACGAGGAGCAUAUGGCGUUGUGGAGAAGAUGCGUCACGUACCCAGCGGACAGAUCAUGGCAGUUAAGGUAAUUAAUCCUACUAUUGCUAAGGAGUGGCCUGCAGUGAUCGCUUUUCCAAUCACACCAGGUAGUACAUAUCUGUAAUAACCGCCCUGCUGUGGUGGUAAAGAGUAGGAUUAGCUAAAGUCUAGGGCUUGUGGACCUGCGAUACUUUAACAGUUCACUUUAAUGUUGUGCACAAAUAAGUGCACAAUAUGGAGGGAACCAAUUAAGCUAAAAAAAACCUUAGGUGGAAUCCCCUAAACCACUUCUACAAAAUGCAAAAAAAACUUCUUAAAUAUUCAGUCUAAAUGUGUAAUCAUAAGCAUGCAAGACAAUGGUGGAAUAUAGAAUCUGAUAUAUGAACAUAUGGAGUAUCACUCACAAGUCAAGAGCCAUAAAUCUCAUAUGACUCAAAUGGUAAACGCCUGUGGACACACUGUCCACAGAGUGUCCAAUUCCUUCCUCUGGUUCUUCGACCUGGAUGGUGAGUAUUACCCAUAAUCCAAGGUUCCAGAGGUAUAUACACAGGAUACCCAAGGUAAGUGUCCAGAAAAGGUGCUUAUUAACUAACUGGACUAUAAAGUUAUCCAGAGAUACUGCAUCUGGUAUUUGUUUGUUUUUACAGUUUUACUUUGUCAGUUUUUAACGGAUUAUUAAUAAAGCACCUUUUCUGGACACUUACCUUGAGUCUCCUGUGUAUAUACCUCUGGAACCUUGGAUAUUGGGUAAUAAUCACCAUCCAGUUCAAUGAAGCAGAGGAAGGAAUUGGACACUCUGUGGACAGUGUGUCCACAGGCGUUUACCAUUUGAGUCAUAUGAGAUUUAUGGCUCUUGACUUGUGAGUGAUACUCCAUAUGUUCAUAUAUCAGAUUCUAUAUUGCACUAUUGUCUUGCAUGCUUAUGAUUACACAUUUAGACUGAAUAUUUAUUUAAGAAGCUCCGCGUUAUUUAUGUAUGCUUUAAUGUUGUGUUUAGUGAAUAAACCCUCCAGUUUCUCUCUCUCUCUCUCUCUGCCUGCCUGACAUGUUCCCUUUAAAACGGACUGUCUGCUUCUACCGAAGAGCCUCACAAUUUGCCAUAGUGCAGCAAGCCAGCGCAUGCUCUAGGUUUACCCAGCAUUCCCUGUAAAUAGAACUUUGUGUCAGUAUUGACCCAGCAAUUAUUGAAGGCAGACUGGUCUCGCGAUGGGUUAUUACCGUCUACGCUUUGUAUGCAAUAAAAACCUUUAUUACGUAUAGUAUAAUACUUCCACUGUGACCUGUGAUAAUUGUGUAAUUUAAACCCACAACCUGAUGUCUAAUGGAACCCUAUUGUUGGUGAGGGACACCUGGCAGAAUGGGAGCAGUUGCCAUGGAAACCUCUGUAUUAAAGUGUAUAUCUCUCAUCACUCCUGGAAUUGGAGUGACGUAGUGUGAACCUAAAGGGUUACGGCUGAUAAUGUGCUUGGGAUGUAAUCUAGAAAGGGGGCUGCUGUAGUAAACAAUUUGUCCUGGUUUUUAUUUUAUUUUACGUUGGCAUGGUGAUAACACUGUGGCGGACUAUUCUUGCUGUCCGGGACCGCGGUGCUGGCUUUCCGUACUAGCUGACCUCACACCUCGUGUUGAAUCUCCGAUGAUGAGAUAUCUUCUGUUUUCUCCACAGCGCAUCAGGGCGACGGUGAACAGCCAGGAACAGAAGAGACUUCUAAUGGACUUGGAUAUCUCCAUGCGCACCGUGGAUUGUCACUUCACUGUCACAUUUUAUGGAGCGUUAUUUAGAGAGGUAUCCGUAGCAGGACUAACGAUCCAUUGGCUGGUUUUCAUCUAUUUAUUUUAAAUCCCCAUACCUGCCAUUUUUAAUGUUCUUCUUUACCUGUUCUUUUCGCAAAUCUACGUUUCCCAUGAUUCUAAAUGUAAAGGAGGUGAUGCCAACAUUGACUUAAAUAAGAAAUGAGAUGAAUCAUGGUAAAUGUAGGAGGAUUUGCAUUAUGUGCCUAGACUGUAACUUUAAAAAAAAAAAAAAAAAUUGGAAAUACUUUCAUUAAAAGUUCUUUCACAUUUCUUUGUGCCCUAUGAAUACAAAGAUAGCAAUAAGCAAAACAUGAUUUUAUGGCUUUUUAAAUUUUUUUUUAACCUAAACUAAGAGCAAACCAUUAAUGAGAGCGAAAUCCAGAAAGCCAGGAGUGUUUUGAGACAAUUAAACUUGUCCUGCAGAAUGGGAGAAGGAAAGGAAAAUAGAAAUGAAAGCAUAAAAUGUCUGUAAACCUGAAUGUGUAAAAUAAAAGUAAUCUCAAAUAGUCAGCAGAAAUGUUCUCCUCUGACACGUUGGACGUUCCUUGCUGCAUCCGGUCUUUAAAGAGCGCAAUGGUGAUAAAACAUGCACGUUCUGUGUUUUAAGUUGCAUUUCCCAGAAUUCUCGGAGCCAAGCGUGGCUGUUACUCGAUCUGUUUGUAUUGACUUGCAGGGCGACGUAUGGAUCUGCAUGGAGCUAAUGGACACCUCUCUGGACAAAUUCUACAAACACGUCAUCGACAAGGGCCUGACGAUCCCAGAGGACAUACUUGGAAAAAUAGCUGUUUCUGUGAGUACCUACCUUGCCACAGUUACCUACCCACUGAGAGCUACUGAGCGUAUGAUAUGCCUCGGGUGGAAACUGUCUAAUUUAGUUAAAAUACCCCCUUCCCCAUUUAUUGGCCUUCAUAAAAUAUGGAAGAACCAGAAUCUGUCUUCCCAGAACAGGAUUCUUUGCAGUUUAUCCUAUAAGCCCUCCUGCCUAGCCUCCGUUCAGCGGUAACAAGUAGUUUCAUUCACAAAUGGUCAUGAAGGAAUCUACUCAGCAAGGUAGUAGAACCUAUAACUUCAUUCAUGUUUCUACAUGAAAGUGGCUCACGGCGGCACAAUUGCUCUCACCUUUAUUUGGGGGGUGGGUGUUCUAUCACUGUAGCUGUGAUUUAAUUAGGGAAGGGACAGAGCUGCAAGUAGCCCCUUACACCAUAUCCGAUUUAAUAUAUAUUAUAUUUUGGGAAUGUAUAGAAUUUGAACAUUCACUGUGCUUAUGUAUCUGUGCAUAAAGUGUCUUUCUUGACAGUAAAUUCCUGGUUUUGUGUUUUUCUUCUUCAGAUUGUUCGAGCAUUAGAACAUCUGCACAGUAAACUCUCCGUGAUCCAUAGAGGUAAUGCAACAUUACAUUUAAUUUGUGUACUGUGUAUAUGAGCAGCUACCUCUGGUUAGAUGGAUUUCACUAGCAGAAUGUAGCUGAACUGUUUAAAGAGCUGGCAAUUGGGACAUUAAAGGACCACUAUAGUAACAGGAAAACAAACUCGAUUUUCUGGCACUAUAGUGUUAAUAGGUCCCCCUCCCGCAGAGUUCUAGGGGGGGAAUAAGGGGUUAAAUUCGUACCUUUCUACGGCGCUGGGGACUCUCCUCCAUCUUCUGACGUAAUCCGCUGAAUGCGCAUGAGCAGCAAGAGCCACGCGCACAUUCAAUCAGUCCAUAGGAAAGCAUUUCUCAAUGCUUUCCUAUGGACGGAAGCGUCUUCUCACUGUGAUUUUCACAGUGAGAAGCGCCUCUCGUGGCUGUCAAUGAGACAGCCACUAGAGGCUGGAUUAACCCUAAUGUAAGCAGAGCAGUUUCUCUGAACUGUAUUUCUCUGCAGCCGGAGUGUCACUUCACCCCAGUAAAUGCUCUCAGUGUUUAUACUCUGGGUGAACUGAGCAGAAGAGGUAGGUAAACAACUCUCUAACCUCCAUCACGUUAUGGGGAUUUGUCAUCCCGUUAUGCAUCUCUCUGACAUUCCAUAUGUGCACACACGUGUUUGGAAUCCCUUCCAACGGUGCUGCGCAUGUGUCUUGCAUAUGACAUUACGAAAGCUAGCUAAUUUACAUACUUUGCCCGUCCUUGGCUGGCAAUGUGUGCAAGUUUUAAAAACAAAACAAAAAAAAAAAAUGUAAAAGAAAUUGUAAAAACUCUUAGCACAGCCUAAGGCUAGUUUGCUGUUUAGUUUGGUAAAAGAAAGGAAGUGGCUGUAACACUUUAAAAUCUGACCUGUUCUAUAAUGAAUAGGUUAUUGGAGACCUGUUCACCUUAGAAAUGAGAGUCUAAUAAUAUACAAAUACACACGUUUUCUAACCUUAACUAAAAUCUUCCAUUCCCCAUAUUACUUUUUUUAUUUAUUGAUUUAUUUAUUUAUUUUUUUUAAUUUUUUUUUUAGCCUGUUUCUCCUCUUUUCCUGGUUCUAUAUCAUCUUCUUUUUAAACAUAGUGCCCCAAACGGCAUCCCUUAUUCGGGUGGUGCCUUGGCACUGGUUAAUCAAGAGACAAAAUUCCAUUUUCCCUGUUACUUGAUCCCCCUCUUUAUGGACGACUGUAGAUUAGCGACUGUGGCCUCUAAUGUGUCUGUUCUGCUUUCCCUGCAGACGUGAAACCCUCCAAUGUACUGAUUAACACCCAGGGCCAGGUGAAGAUGUGCGAUUUUGGCAUCAGCGGUUACUUAGUGGACUCUGUAGCUAAAACCCUGGACGCUGGCUGUAAGCCCUACAUGGCGGUGAGUGCUAGUGGUGGGGCUGGGAGAGAGGUCUCGCCUUAACGCACACUCCAGAGGUGAUCCAACAAAGUCCCUAAACCUGUCCUUGUUUUCCAGCCUGAAAGAAUAAAUCCAGAUCUCAACCAGAAAGGCUACAGCGUGAAGUCUGACAUUUGGAGCCUGGGAAUUACCAUGGUACGGAGCAGUGCAUUCUGGGUGAUAACCCAUUGUACAGCGCUAUGGAGUUUGCUGACGCUAUAUAAAUAACCGCAUUGUCCGUAUCAAUCCCAUCCUACCUGCUGGGGCGAGCUAGCUGGGCUUUCUCACGCCAUCACUGCUGUCCGGGCUGGAUUCAGAACUGUUAGCUUUUUCAAAACUUGCGGACGGACGGACUGGGAUUUAGUAGAGGGGAGGGACGGACGGACUGGGAUUUAGUAGAGGGGAGGGACGGACGGACUGGGAUUUAGUAGAGGGGAGGGACGGGCGGCACUGGGAUUUAGUAGAGGGGAGGGACGGGCGGCACUGGGAUUUAGUAGAGGGGAGGGACGGACGGCACUGGGAUUUAGUAGAGGGGAGGGACGGACGGACUGGGAUUUAGUAGAGGGGAGGGACGGACGGACUGGGUAGAGGGGAGGGACGGACGGCACUGGGAUUUAGUAGAGGAGGGAGGGACGGACGGCACUGGGAUUUAGUAGAGGGAGAGCAGGAUGAGGGGACCGUUGAAGUAGAGGGGAGGGACGCUGACACUGGGAGUUGUAGUAGAGGGGAGGCACGUACUGGGAUUUAGUAGAGGGAGGGACGGGCGGCACUGGGAUUUAGUAGAGGGGAGGACGGACGGCACUGGGAUUUAGUAGAGGGGAGGGACGGGCGGCACUGGGAUUUAGUAGAGAGGGAGGGACGGGCGGCACUGGGAUUUAGUAGAGGGGAGGGACGGACGGCACUGGGAUUUAGUAGAGGGGAGGGACGGGCGGCACUGGGAUUUAGUAGAGGGGAGGGACGGGCGGCACUGGGAUUUAGUAGAGGGGAGGGGGGAGGCGGCACUGGGAUUUAGUAGAGGGGAGGGGGGAGGCGGCACUGGGAUUUGGUAUAUGGGGGAUGCUUUUUUUUUUUUUUUAAAUUGGUUUUUAUACUGUACUGUUCAAAAAAAACUACGUCACUAUGAAAAACGUACUUAUUUAUUUUUUACUUUUUGCGGCCCACAUAAAUUUAUACCUUGUGUUAAACUUUGGGUUUGAAAUGCUUGGCUUACAGUGUCCAUUUAACUCACUACAGGAGGCAAUUACCGCUCUCCACCAGCAGGUGGCAGCAGGUGCCCAGUUUUUACGCAGCAUUGUGUUAGACUUUGUCGGCAAUAUUAGAAAUUUCAGCAUAUUUAGAACACAUUAAAGUCAUUAUACAGGCGUAUGGGAAUAGUUUGUGUAUUUUCACCUGUGCUGUUUGUGGUGAGCCCCCGCCCCGCGCUUGGUUUUAAGGAACACUUCAAGGACCAUAACCAGUACUGCACACUGUAAUGCUUAUGGUGCCAGAAGUGCCCUGAUAUCCUCCCAAGGUAAGUAGUGAAAGUGUUUUCAAAUUGCCAGACAACUUACCUGGGGACUGCUGGGUGCCAGUCAACCAGAAGCUCUCUGCUCAGUGAUCAGCUGACACUGCACGGCCUGGCUCAUCGGCUGAGAGUGAUCAGCUGACACUGCACGGCCUGGCUCAUCGGCUGAGAGUGAUCGGCUGAGAGUGAUCAGCUGACGGCCUGGCUCAUUGGCUGAGAGUGAUCAGCUGACACUACACAGCCUGGUUCAGGGCAGCAGGAGGUAUGGUGUUUUUCCUGAUAAAGGCUGUUUUAAGUUCUAACUCUUUCUUUAUUCAUUGACAGGUCGAGCUGGCAAUUCUGCGCUUUCCGUAUGAUUCUUGGGGAACCCCCUUUCAGCAGCUAAAACAGGUGGUGGAGGAACCGUCGCCCCAGCUGCCUGCAGAUAGGUUCUCUGCUGAUUUUGUUGAAUUUACCUCAGAAUGGUAAGUGGGUAAAUGGGGGAGUGAAGUGAUGAGUGACUCGAGCUACUGACACGAGACUCCCUAACUGUCCUGUUAUCAAUCUGUUUGCUCUACUCGCGGUCUGUAGAGAAUUACUGUGCAGUGUCCUGCCAUAUGAACAUAUAGCGGUGGGUCACAGCAGUAAUCAGUGUAACACCUGUGUGCAGUGCGUCACGUGUAAGGAUCACGGCUUAACGCCCAUAUUUGAUGUUCUGGAAGAAGGCGUUCUCAUUAAGUAGAUUUGUGAGAUACUUGUCUCUGCGGCGCUCCUCAUCCCAUGUAGCGCGUACUGGGACAUGGUGUGCUCUCACUUUAAGCAAACAUUGCGAUUAGGUAGAUUUGUUUCUGUGCUAAUCCUCUGUAUACAAGUAUACAUUCCAGCAUAGAGUGAGAAAUCCGUUUACCAUCAGACACAGGAACAGGUCCUGGGUUUCCCCUGCAGCAUGCCCCAUUUAGUCAGCAGAUCUGUUUAUUCUGACUGGUUCUGAUGCAAUAUUUUUUGCUAUUGUCUGUCUGGGAAGUUUCCCGAAGAUCACUAAAGGGGAAGCGAUUACAGGAAGCGCCCUGACUAUAGGAUGGGUAAACGUAGCCCAAUGGAAAAGCUCUCUGUUUGGCCUCUGACCCGGCUUACAAUAUGUACAUCACAUCAUACGUUGGGAGCAUUUUAUUUAUGUCAUUGCAUCAAAACUGUACCAAAAAAAAAAAUGGCUUUUCACAUUCUCUGUUUUGAAGUGAUGAAAUUAAAUCUGCUAUUUUGGCCUAACCUUUUUAAAAACGUAAAAAGUUUAGCGAAUGACCUUGAAAGGUUAUAAUUUCGUCUUGUUCAUAUAACGCACACAUUCUUGUUUAAUAAAGGAUCACUCUGGGCACCAUAAUGACUUCAUCUUAAUGAAGUUAUGGUAUCUGGAGGUCCUAGAUGUUGUUUUUACCUUACGAAGUUAAACCAUCUAUGAACAGUUUAAACUCAAAGUGCACUAGACAGCGCUGUCCUCUCGACCCCUAUGUCUCUGGCUUUGUCUUUAACACAGAAGCCUUUCUGAAACGCUUUAGAAAUGUACGUACUUAACAAACCAGCCCUAAGGAAAAACUGCAUCCACAACCUCCAGGCACCAUAACAACUUCAUUGUGAGGUAGUCAUUAUGUUUGGCGUAUCAAUUCAGCGAGAGCAAGCACCAGUGACCUGGUGCAUGGUGGGUAGGACUGUAGUGGAGCUUGCCUGCUACGCUUGCUUCCCAUUGGAUAAUUGGACACUUGUGCUUACCAUGGCUUUAGCAUUCAACUGUGCCUACAUUGGGAGAAAUUCAAAUCUGUAAUUUAACAAAUGCAGUUCACUUUAUUCAAAUCAGAUCUAUUCAGUUUGGCUGAUAAUUACUCUGAGGUUUUCGCUAUUCACUGUAUAGUCACACUUUAUGUUCAGUCUGUGCUAAACGGUGAGGGUGACCUCCAGCAAUAACCAUGCCUUCACCAUACCUGAUUCACUCAGGUUAACCUGCGCCGGGAGUGACUUGGCUUACUAGGUCCGGCACGUGAAGGACAGUACUGAAUAGGAGUAUUGCGUGUUUUUGUAUUCGGAAUACUAUUUGGGGUUAAUGAUGACCAAAACAUAGACGUUGGUGGUUAGCUUAAAAUGUGAAGUCCUAUCCUACUAGCCAGGUCUUUUUCACUCGCCGACUGCUAGUUAAAGGAAUUACUUAAAAUUGCAGUUUUUAGAUAAAAUACUAAGAGACACAAUGUAGAGCUAUGAGCAGAAAGGUUAGGGUACGUUUGUUUUCGUUAGAUAAGUAAUUCUGUUGAGGUUAGGGUAGAGUUAUUCUUGGGUUAGCGAAGUGAUUCUGUUGAGGGUAGGGUUGGGUUAGAGAAGUGAUUCUGUUGUGUUGAGGCUGGGUAGGGUUGGGUUAGAGAAGUGAUAAUGUUGUGUUGAGGCUGGGUAGGGUUGGGUUAGAGAAGUGAUUCUGUUGUGUUCAGGCUGGGUAGGGUUGGGUUAGAGAAGUGAUUCUGUUCUGUUGAGGCUGGGUAGGUUUGGGUUAGAGAAGUGAUUCUGUUCUGUUGUGUUGAGGGUAGGGUUGGGUUAGAGAAGUGAUUCUGUUGUGUUGUGUUGAGGGUAGGGUUGGGUUAGAGAAGUGAUUCUGUUGUGUUGAGGCUGGGUAGGGUUGGGUUAGAGAAGUGAUUCUGUUGUGUUGAGGCUGGGAAGGUUUGGGUUAGAGAAGUGAUUCUGUUCUGUUGAGGCUGGGUAGGGUUGGGUUAGAGAAGUGAUUCUGUUGAGGGUAGGGUUGGGUUGGAGAAGUGAUUCUGUUGUGUUGAGGCUGGGUAGGGUUGGGUUAGAGAAGUGAUUCUGUUGUGUUGAGGCUGGGUUGGGUUGGGUUAGAGAAGUGAUUCUGUUGUGUUGAGGCUGGGUAGGGUUGGGUUAGAGAAGUGAUUCUGUUUAGGUUCGGGUAUUGAGGUUACGGUUGUAGUUCACCUGAUCUCUAGCAGUGCUGUUGGAUCCAACAAACAAACACAAUUUCUUGCUUUAUGAAUGGUCAGAUAAGGAAUAUUUUAGAUAUUCAGCCAUUCAAACAAAGUGUAGAACAAUUCAAAUAUGUGAUUUUAACAAACUCAACGCAGCUUGGCUGCUCAUUGGAGAUAAGUAAAUAGGCCUUUCUUCACGUCACAUCAGCAAGAUUUACCCCUUAAUCUCUGUAAGUGCGGGCUUUGUGUUGCUGUGUGAAAGUAAUAUAAAAUGUUUCAGACUGUCUGCUGUGAUGGUAACGCAAUAUGCAAAUGAUGUAGUUUUUAACCCUUAAGGUUUGGGAAGCCUUUAUUCUGGGUCAUUAGUAAAGCGGUAUAUAUGACAAUAAUUGGCCUGAUUCUUAAAACGUUCUGUUUUUUUAAUUUGUCUGCUUUUCUAUUUUAGCUUGAAGAAGAAUUCCAAUGAGCGUCCAACUUACCCAGAACUUAUGGUAAAUAUAUAAAAUGUGUAACAAUUGUUUUAAAAGCCAGUUUUCACAAGCAAUGUGUGUUUCCCCCCCCCCCUUAAAAUUUGCCAGCAUUGCUCCUAUAAGCGUGUUUUUUAAUCUAAGAACGCUGUGAAAGGUUUAGAUGGAAUGGCCCCUUGAAGGUCAGUCCGUGUUUCAGCAUGGAGGCCGCCAUCUUGGAAUUGAAUAACCAUUUUCAAAUCGUGAAAAUUACUGACUUUAAAUAAAUAAAUAAAUAAAUGGCUAUAGAGAUCAUGUGAUUUUAACAGCCAAUCAGAUGCUUGGACUUGCACAGUAUUUCCCAGUAUCCUACUGUGCGCAGUCUGGAAACUAGCGUACUUCUUUGAACCCGGAUGCCAUGUGUCCACCAAUAAGCUGAAUUACAUGAAUACGCAGUUUGUCCCUUAUUAACUAGUUGUAAUUGACUUUUUUCGUUUUCACAGCAACAUCCCUUCUUCACACUGCAUGAAACAAAGAACACUGAUGUGGCGUCGUUUGUCAAGUGCGUUCUGGGAGAUUAAACCGAUGCCACGAGAUCCGUUUAACACCAUAUGCACGGACUUCUCCCUUUAAAUGGCUGCCGUGCUCUAGUUCCCAAAGCAUUGCAUCAUGGGACUGGGAAAACUGGACUCUAUAAUCUGCUGGCGUCCUAGCUGGCUGGCCACGGCAGUGCAAGCGUUAACGCCUCUUACCUUAGAGGCUCAUUGUAAACACAUUGCUGCCAUGUUGGUUUAGAGUCAUUUUAGGGAUCUCACGUAUAGAUCUUCCUCAUUUCUUCUUUUUAGUUUUUUUUAGGUGCUACUGUAGGUUUAUUUUCUUUUUCUAGAUUCCCUCCUAUUGUAGUUUUUUUUUAUUUUAUUUUUAUUUAUGUUCUUUAUCUGAAUCAGCUUCUGUUUUUAUGAGGAGAUAUGUGUGAGAUAUGGGAGGAGAACCGUUUCAAAUAUUUAUAGGAUUUGCUGGUGAAAGGAUGAGAAUCUUUGUGUAUAAUAUUUAAGCCCCCCCAUUCCCCCCACUUUUCUCCUCCAGCUUUUAUUUGAUAUCCUUUUUUCAAAUGAUCCUGGAAGAGUGAGUGAAUAACUGGUGAUUUUUGUUUUUUUUUGCUCUCUUUUUAGUAGUUGGACAAAGUAGAAUUCGUUUUCAUUUUUAAAUUUAAAAAAAAAAAAAAAAAUUUCUUGGCCAAAGAUGAGGAAAAUGUAUUUUGUGUUCUUGACAGAGGUCUUGCAGUAGUACCCUAAAAGGAAAAUCUAUAUUUUAACGAAACGUAUAAACCUGCAGACUGCUUUGUGGCCUUUCUAAUCGAAGAAGAAAUGUCAGCGGGAUAAAUAUUUACUAACAGUGCUGCGUAACGCCGCCAUGCGCCUCACAGAGCCUUAAAACCUCUAGCUACCAUGCUUUGUAACCCCUUUUUAUUCUUAAUGUGUAUCAGACACUAAAGGCCUGUUUUUAAAAAAAAAUUCUGAGAGCUUUGGACCCACUGCUGUGAGGCGUUUUUUCCUCCCCCUCCUUCGGUACUGUAGGGACUCAUUAAAUAUAUUUACCCUUCCUAAUAACCAAGGAGUUUUUAUGUAACUUUUUAAUUUGUCGAUUUCAAGCAGUCUUUAUUUCCCCAAACAGAAGCGAGCGCUAUGUGCCGUGGGACACGUUUAGCCAACUUGUGCCCUCGUGUGCUAGAAACUAGAAGAUUCAUUCAUGGUUCUAGAUCGCCAGCUGGGGUGUUUUGGUUCUGUCUGGCACUUCCUGUCUGUAUUUUUCUGAACGUGGCAAAAUGAAUUCCUAAUUUUUUUGUUGUCACCUUAAUGCAGAUGUAUUUUUUUGGGGAAGUGUAUUCGAUUAGCCUUUUGUUACCAGAUGGGCCGGCAACUUGCUGCGAAAGUUUAAACUGGGUCAUGGCAUCCAUGACAGAUAGCAAUGUUUUAUAUUCUUUUAGAAGCUGGUUUAUAAUUGCAUCUUGUUGUGCGGCUUUUUAUCUGGUCCUCUGCAAAUUCUGCAGGUUUAUAAUACUGUGCAUCCUUAAUGAGCUGAACAUAGGGAUUAUAUUGGUGUUUUAUCUCCAAUCAAAUGAAAUGUCUUGCAUAUCAAUUAUAUAUUUUAAUGUCAAACGUGUGGGUUUGUGUUUUUAUUUGUCCAUAUUCAACGCCCCUUGCGAACCCCAUUUUGCCAAUAAAAGGGUCAUGAUUUGAAAGCAGACUCUUCUGUUAAUAUUCUCCUCAGAGUUGGUGCAGUUUCUGUCUACACUCACCUUGGUAAUUUGUUACUGGAGUGUUUAUUUGGGUGAGUGAUGAUAGCAACUGCCUCUUCCCAUGAUGUGCAAGGUGAGACUUCCACUAUCGGUUCUGUCUGCGCGCAUGUGCUCAUUAAUGCUUUGGAAGUGCGGCAUCACGAGAAGCCAUUAAUUUGCAGUGUAUGCCGGACUCCAGUCCAGUUGUAUAUGCAAUAAUAAUGUGAACAAAAAUAAACGUCAGAUUGCAUAUCCAACUUUUAACCAAUGGCACUCUCUAAAGUGAUCAGUCAUGAUUUACAUAUAUAUCGGCAUAAAACGUAUCUCUGAUUUUGUAAACUCGACGUAGGCGUGUACAUUAUUGAAAUUGUGGGCCCUUUCCUCCUUUUUUGUUUUAAUCAAGUCAAAUCCUUAACCCAGACCUUCACACAUCAAGCAAACAAAAUAUGUUUUCUCAAUGUUUGCAUAUGAAAAUAUUAAAACGGUAAGAAUAUUCGAUCAUCUCCUGUGACAACUGAGCCUUUCAGACUAUUACUGAUUAUGUUAUGGCUGUUUGCAAGCAUCAAUCUGCCUCGAUUUACAAUAAAAAAUCGGGAAUAACUUGACAGGUUUAAUGAAAAACAAGGGAUGGGGUGUAUAAUUAUUGCAGCAGGUUAAGGAAUCUAAUAUUCCUGCAUCAUAGAUAGAGCUAAUCAAAGAGUAUAAGUGUCUCCGUUGGGUUGAAAGAAGUAGAAUUUUUGGGCAGUAAGCCGUUCCGUGAUAUUUUGGAGGGUUACGAGGCUUUAAGGGGGUGGGUAUGGUGUUUAGAAACUCCUUUCAUGGAACUUUUAGUUUUUUUAAUGUCUGUGUGUCCUUGUUAGUAUUGCUGCUUAGUGUGCGUUCUGAAACCGCUAUCUACAACCACUCCCUUUGUUUUAAAAGAUUUUUUACCCCUUUUUUUUCGAGCGUUGUGCCGGUCCUCUCAUACCGCCUCCAUGACUGAGAUCAUCAACUUUAUGCAUCUCUGCCAAUCCAAUGCUUUGCCAUAGGAAACAUUUAGGAGGCUAUUGCGCAUGUACGGCAAAACGCUGCACUCUCCAAUCAACACCUCCUCAUAGAAAUGCAUUGAAUUAAUGCAUCUCUAUGGGGAGCGGUGAGCAUCUUGAUGUAGAUCGUGCAGCACUGACACAGGAUGCACCUCUUGUUGCCAUCUGAGUGACUGCACCUAGAGGUGUUACUAGGCUGUAAUGUAAACACUGCCUUUUCUCUGAAAUGGCAAUGUUUACAUGGAAAGUCUACCGGGACAAACUAUGGACACCACAACAAAUACAUUAAGCUUUAGUUAUUCUGAUGACUAUAGUGUCCUUGUUAAUUUAAGGGUUUACCUGUACUGUGUUUUUUUUUUUUUUUUUUGAAAGAGCAUAAGAUUCUGUCUAAUCAUUGUGUUCGUUGUGGUAGCAGUUGUAUAGUUUGGGAGAAAAACCUGUUUAAAAAUAGAAUUUUCUCCCACUUCAGUCAAAUGUUUGCUAAAGACUAAGCGAAAGCAGAAAUGAUCACCCAUAGCCGGUCUCUCAUAGCAACCAUAAGGCAUACCCUGUGCUUGCUAUGGAAACACCAUAGCGGACACUGGUAGCACUGGCUAGGGAGUAUAUAAACAGAGUGACUGACGUCGGCAUGCUGGCAACGAGGCUAGCGUGUUGGCAUCACUGAGGAAGCCAAGCACUGCUUAGAGAAGCGUUUCCAGGCAGAGUAAGAAAUAGCGGCGCUGGAGCGAGGUAUGGCGACUAAUUCUCUGUAUUUUACAUUGAAUACAUAAUGUAUCUCUACAAUAUUUGGCAAUUUUGCCAAAUUUCAACGGACCCUCCCCAUCCCAAAUACAAAGGUUAAAAUAAGAAACGGUCUUGACAUUAUAACAUGUAUGUAUUUAAUUCAGCAUUUUUUGUCAUUGGGGUUAUAAUCUAUAAAACACAGCUUGCAAUAGUUGCAGAUCUCUUGUUUGCAGCCAUUCCAAGCCCUCCCCUUCUAACCCCACCCACACUUUCUGUGGCUGUCCAAUCACAGACUCCCAAUUCAGCUCAAUGAGAAGUGUUUGCAAGGCAGGUGCUCUGGGCAAUUGCUGCCUAUCUAUCACUCUAUCUGGGGUCUGGAGUUCACUUUAAGUUACUUUAUAUUUGUGCAGGUGAUAUUUCAUACAUUAUCCAGGUUUUUUUUUUUUUAGGUUAAUUACAGCUAGUUUCUGCCCCUUCUGCUUUAAAUAAUAAUAAUAUAACUAUGGUAGCUAAAUACCUGUUUAAGGUGGCCCUGUCCUUCUUUACCCAUGUAGACACCAAGGCAUUCUGCUGGUGAAAUCCUCUUCAAAUGUGUAAAUAGGAAACUAACUCUCUUUCAUCCAGUACGGUCAGAGGUUAGUGUGGGAGCGAAUAUUGGCUCCUAGGCUGUCUAUAGCAAUCACGCGCUGCAGAAGAUAAAGCAUUUUGGAAUUCUCCCUAGAAUAGGGUGGUUUCUCCCGUAGUACGUGCAGCACAGCAUGGUGAUGUGAUCUGUGGUGGAUAAGGCACACUGUCUGUUAUUUUACUUUACCACCUUUGAACUUUUCCCUUAAAUGGGUGAGAGGGCCCGUUCAGCCUGUCCUGUCCUUUCGUUGUCCCUUAUAUAUCGGACACUCGGAUGAUCCCUGGAUAGACGCUGUAUUGGCUAUUAUUUGUCGGGUACAAUAUGGCUGCUAUACUCCUGAGGUACUGUUUCCAAUCCUAGCAAGAUACUAAUUACUUCCAAUAAACCCACCUCAUUAGCAUUUUAGUAGAUUGACGAGUAAUCUGUAAAAACAGCCGUUAAAUCAGCCAAUUAAAUUUAACUUCAUUAAACAUUUUAUUUGUUGUGUAAUCCUGUUCUGGGAUGCAGAACCCGUAUUCCUAUAUGGAAAUAUCUGAAUUUCAUAAACUGAGACAAGGAAGCAGUGGGUGGUUAUUUUUAUUACCUUAGUCAUUUUACAAAGUACCUGUUGCACCAAGAUACAGUGGUUAUGGUACUUAGAGUCCCUUCAAAGAUUUGGCCCAUGUUCUGAUACUGGUUUGUGAACAUACGAUUGGUGGCCUUUGAUUUGAGGCACAAACAUGACUGCACAUAGGACGCUUGGGCCCACUGCCUGUUUGUACACUCGCUAGUGGUGUACAACACAUGGUUAUGAUUAAUAUAUUUGGCCAUUGCUGCUGUAUCCUAAAUUUUGGUGUUAAUGCACUAGCGAUGCCAAACAUAAGAUUUUUUACAUUAAAAAAUGUACAAUUCAUAGUUAAAACCUAACCUUAACAUAGAACUGUUACUGUCCUCGUUCCCCAUUCCAUAACCCUGUGAGGGUUAUUAGUGUUUUAGUGAGGAGCGCAGUGCAGGACGCACAUAACUCCACUUCACUUCUCACUGGCCAAAACAAUUGCAGCAUGCGUGCGUAGCAUGGGAGAAGGUUUAACCAACUAAUUCAUACAUGAUAUAAAAUAACGUGUUAAACGAGGUAAAUCUUCAUUUAGAAUUUUUGACCCGAAUCUCUAAAACUUGCCUUAAUGAUUUCUCUCCAACCCAACACUUUUUGCCAUUAAUGUGCCGAUGCUAAAAUUAGAGUUAGUGUCAGAUACGUGGUAAUGUAAUUUAAUGCAAUUUAUCAAAGCCAUAUCCUAAAGUGUACGAUGUCAGUAAUUUCAGACUUUGGCCAAAAACUGUGUAAACUGAAACAUCGCUGCUUUGGCAAAUUUGCUCUAAAAUGUUCAGUACACUUUGAAUUCUCAACAAAUCACACUUUAGUAAUUAACCCUGUAAGUUCAUUAUUGUAUAUAAAUUUCACUGAAAUAUGUUGAAGGGGUGUUAAUUACUAAAUGAAUGUAAUGCGCGUUUUACUGAGUCCUGAAACGUCAUUUUGUGCUCAUUAAAUGUUUGGGGUGUCACAAGUCGUCCACAUUAACUAAGCUGCGCAUUGUGUCACUAAAGAGAAAAUUGUCAGGAAUUCAAAGGAAAUUGAAAUUAAAAUUUGAAUCUUACAGUUUUGCUGUAUUGACAACUUUGAAUUCCUGCCAAUUCUCACCUUGGUAACUAAUGCUGUUAAAGUUGAUGAAAUGUAGUUGCUCCUGUACGAUGAUGUUAUGAAGUGUGACAUCACAGAGGAAUCUCGCCCGUGAUUUAAAUGAGUCUGGCCAAUCACACCCUCUGAUACACACAGUACAGUUUAUUUUCGUUACUCAGCCAUUGCUGGAUGUGACGGUUUAUACAGUGUAUUAGCGCCGCUCUUUCUUAAAGUACCUUUUUAUAAAUCUCUCGUACUGUACACAGGUAAGAAAUUACUUUCAUGUAAACAGACAAAGCUGCUAUGAAUAUAAUCACCCCCCAAAAUAUUUCUAUAAAAUCAUACAAAGGACUUUCUUACCGCUAAAGUGAGAUUUUACGAUCAUCCUCUUUUUAUAAAAUAGCCUUUAUUUUGGGGUCCUCUGAUGGACGCACUUUUAAUCUAUGUAUGUGGCAAUAAAUCGGCAAGCUUUUGUCAAGGAGCCGCCAUUUUGUAUUUUAUUUUUAUUUUUUUUAACAGGCUACAGCUCCUGCGGGUCAGGUUAUAUCUCUGUAAACAAAAAAGUAUACUUAGAAAGUCAUACGCUGUUACUGGCAAUGUUUAUUAGGGAAGGACAAUAUUUGUGCCAAUGUCUACCCUAUAUCAUUCUGCCCAUCAUUUAGCAUUGGGUGAGGUUUAACUCCCAGUCUGUACUGCAGUUCCCAUGUACUAAUCAAAGAGAUAUUCACUAAUUUUAAUGUGAAUUUAAUGUCAAAUUACAGCCCAAAGUAGCCGAUCUGAAAAUUGUAUCCUAAAACGUUAAAUUAAGUUUGAAUUCCUGCUUAUUCAGACUUUGGGAGUUUAUGGAAAAUAUAAUCAGAAAGUACAACUCUAUCAACCCACAGUGUAAAUGCUUUAGCCUGAAAUUUGAGAUUUAGCCUCUUCUUAACUCACUUCCCUUUGUUGUUUGAAUAACCUUGGCAGAGUAUGACUGAGUGAUUCUUUGAGUAUUGCGUGGUCCCUUCUGCUGUGCUCCAGCUACAGAUGUGGCACAGUGGACACCAGAGAAUGCUUGUCCAGGCUGACUGUGAUUCUCUGAGUAUCGCGUGGUACGUUCUGCUGUGCUCCAGCUACUGACGUGGCACAGUGGACACCAGAGAAUGCUUGUCCAGACUGACUGUGAUUCUCUGAGUAUCACGUGGUACGUUCUGCUGUGCUCCAGCUACUGACGUGGCACAGUGGACACCAGAGAAUGCUUGUCCAGACUGACUGUGAUUCUCUGAGUAUCGCGUGGUACGUUCUGCUGUGCUCCAGCUACUGACGUGGCACAGUGGACACUAGGGAAUGCUGUGCCGAUUGACAGAUUCUUGCAUUUCUAAUUUUGCAUCGUUGCUACAUCUGUACAACAUUUCACUGUUUGUUGCAGGCACGAAUUUUUAAAAAUACUUUCAACUUUCCAUUUGAAUAUGUAAACCGUGAGCCCUUGUUUUGGCAUUAAGGAUUUUCAAAAUGUGUUAAUUUCAUUUUUUUUUGUUAGCAAAAUUUAACUGCAAAUGUCAGUUCAGACUCUGUCCAGAUUAAAUAAAUGUUAGCAUAUUUCUGGGUGAUGACCACCAUGAAUUCAAUAAAUGCGUAAAUAUUUAUUUCCGUGUCUGAAUAUCCAUUUUUCUUUGUCUGUCUGUUGUUUGUCUGUUUUUGUGUUCUGAU